AUGGGAUGCCUGCUGUCACUGCAGUGCCUACUAUUACUCUAUUCAUUCACAAAUGGCGCUUAUCAGCAAAAAAACACUGGCAAUGUAACAAAUCAUCAGUUGGUGAGAAAUUUCCCACUAUUUAUAACCAAUCCUACUGGUACUAUUGGCAAUAAAUUUCAACACUCUGCCUUUUGGAACAAGCCUGCUGCAAAAAAACCGUGCACUUUUGAUGUAAAAAUAGGCGAUAAGUCAUUGAAAUUUGGAAUCUCACUUACAAGACCCAAAAGUAUUAUUAGAAAGUCACUGGUACCUAGUACUUUGGAAUGUGAUGGAUACGUCACAAUUGAUGGCAGUACCAAAUUUUUAAAAAUAUACCCAUCAGAUCAAGUACAGGACAAUUUUGAUGGAUUGCUAGCUUUGGACUUUGUUAAAACUUUCAACACUUUAUUCAUAGGCCCCGAUGGUGAAAUUAAGUUCAACCUUUCGGUUGACCCGAGUAAACAUAUCGCAAUUCCCCUAGAAGAAAACUUUACAUUCAAUGUAAAGGAUUCAAAUGACACAACACGUGUGGCUGGAUUAAAUACCAGCACCAAUAACUUUGGAAGGGAAAAUAUCACUAUUGACGCAUUGAAAACAACAAAUGACUGGAUUUACUUAAAUGCACCAAAGAUGGGCUAUAAAACUACAGAUAUUGAAUAUGGUGAUGUAAUUAUGUUGGAUACUUCAAAAAUAGCAACAAAUGGUUGUUAUUUGGACAUAGAGAAUCAGGUAUUAUACAUUGGUAGUGAUGACGAGAUGUUUAAACCAACAAGUGUCGAAGAAACAGCGGCUUCCAUCAAGAUCGCGCUGGAAUCCGGCAAAACAACUUUCAAAGAAGUAAAACAGCUGCUAACCACGAAAGGCAUUCCUAUUUAUGGCUGUAAAACACCUGAUGACAUAAUACUUUUGGCAGCUAAACUGAAAGUUUGGGGAGAAAAGAAGUUAUUAGAGGCUGUUGAGGAUUUCUUUGACACUUUACCACAAGAUACUCCAAAUUACGGUGUAUCCACUGUUUCGGCGUAUAGAUCCGAAUCUCAAUUGCUACGCCGUGCUGUAAACGCAAAUUCCUCACUGCUGGAUUCAAUAAUCGCCGAACUGGAUUUACGUGGCGUUGAUUACAAAGACUGCAAAUCGCCAGAAUCGUACGCAGAUAGAUUGGCAUACAGCCGCGUCUUUUCUAAUUCCAAAAAGAAAAGGGGUGGCAAGUUUAGAAAUAACAAUGGACCCGUGUGGAAUGUCACCAGAAGGCAGAUCCCUGGAGGCAUGGCCCAAUUAUUUUCCAACGACGGCGAUUUUGGCAUAAAGUUUGAAUUCUCAGAUUCACAAAAUUCGGGUGAUUUUGGUGACAUGUCGGGCCUUUUUGGCGAUGGAAUCGUCGAAAACAUCAUCAAACAAUUCAUGGGCGAAUCCCCCUUCUCCAUGUUACAAAGAAAAAGCUUCAACCCAUUUACAUACGACCAACAGAUACCUGAUCAAUCGGAUUAUGAAGACAAUGAUACCAAUUAUACUACCAAUGGCGAUAGUGAUGAAUCUGGAGAGUCAAGUGAACAAAUGGACACAACUCUGACUGGGGAACUGCAAAAACUGUACGAUAAGGCGGGAAAUAGAGAUCUUCAGAAUUUAAUUGAAAAAGCAAACCAAGAUGCUGAGCUUAGGAGUAUCUUGGAACAUGCGUCCAAGCAUGGUUUUGACUCGGUACAAAAGUCGAACAUUUCCAAAACUGCGCUUUACCUCUUACAAAAGCUGAGGGAUGCCAAACUUAUAUAA